AUGUCUCCUCCAAAAAGUAAACUGUGGAAACACUUUCAGAAGAAAGAUUCCAAAACAGCCAUUUGCAAGAUUUGUUUGAGAGAGGUGAAGUUUAGUGGAAAUACAAGCAAUUUAUUAAAACAUUUGAAAAGUAACCAUAAGAGUGUUAGUGUUAACCAAGAUGAUGAACCUGCAUCAAAGAGUGACAAACAAAGCCUAUUACAAGGUAAGCCUACAGGAAGCGUCUUAGUGAAUAGACCUUUAACCUCUUUAGCUUCUACAUCACAUUCCAGCUUAGAUUAUAACGAUCCUUUGGCUAUAGAAGUCUGUCCAGUCAACGUAGAAGCUGAUAAAGCGGCUUUAGUUUCACCAAUAACUGAAGCAUUUAACAAGGCCCGUGCUUUUGCUGUAGGUGGCAUUCGCUACUCCAAAACUGUCAAUAGUAUUCUUUAUUUUAUCUGUAAGGACAACCGUCCAUUUGCUGUGGUUGAAGGUGAGGGUUUUAAACACCUCAUGCAUGAACUGGCCCCAGCAUUCAAGAUCCCUUCAGUUGACUUCUUAAAAAAACAGCUUAUUAAUAAAUAUGAAGCUGUUUCCAGUAGAUUGAAAACCAAGUUAAACAAAGCUACGCAUAUUUGUCUUUCAACAGAUGUUUGGACAGAGACAAUGGCUGAGAAAUCAUACUUGGGAGUCACAGCCCAUUUUUUAGAUGGUAUCAGCAUCAUAUCUAUUGAUCUGGCAUGUAAGCAGUUAGAUUCCAAUCAUACAGCGGAAUAUCUUGGUGAGAACCUGACAAAAAUCUUAGCCGAUUGGGAAAUCGAGAAGGAGAAAGUAAUCAGUAUUGUUACUGAUAACGGUUCAAACAUAGUGGCAGCAGCUCAAAUUGCUCUUCCUAAUAAGCAGAUGCCUUGCUUUGCCCACACCCUUAAUUUGGUUACAAUGGCAGCAGUUUCCCAUCCGGAUGUAGUAGGAAUAAUAGCAAAAGUAAGAUCCGUAGUUAAGUACAUCAAAAACAGUGUCAUCAACUCGGACAAAUUGAGAAAAAUUCAAAUUGAAAGUAACGUUCCAGAAGGAAAGGUGAAGAAAAUGAUUCUCGACGUUAAAACGAGAUGGAACUCGACCUAUUACAUGGUCGAACGUUUUCUGGAGCUUUUGUCAGUAGUGAGCCAGAUUGUAAUAAAUGAUAACACCAGCCCAGAAAUGCCAACUGCGGUGGAAAUUUCAGAUCUGCGAGACCUUGCAUCGCUCCUGAAACCAUUUGAGUUUGCUACUACGGAUAUAUCUGGGGAAAAAUACAUAACUGUAUCAAAAAUCAUUCCUAUGAUCAACUGCCUAAUUUCUCAGUUAGGAAAAUUCAAUGCCACUAGUACAUCUAUGAAAGCGGUGAAACAAACCUUGGAGACGGAAAUGGCAAAACGGUUUGGAAAGGCUGAGCAAAAUUAUCGCCUAGCCAUAAGCACCCUCCUCGAUCCUCGAUUUAAAAAUAUUCAUUUUCAAAAUGCAUCAGCUUGUGGAAGUGCCAUUUCCAAACUGAAAGCUGUCUGCAAAGAAGAGAGUUCUCAGUCAUCUGUAUCUGGAGAUUCCAGUGAAGAGGAAAAGACUAAUCCUGCGUUUGACUUUUGGCAAACUCAUAAAGAAUUGGCCCAAGGGAAGAACAAGAAAGGAAAACAGGCUGACUCUUCAGAGAUAACUUUGUACCUUUCAAAUCCUGUGACGCCUUUAAAAUCCCAUCCAUUGGAAGCAUGGGAGGACAUGAAAAAUGUUUUUCCAGCCUUGUAUAAACAAGCAAGAAAGAAUUUACUUCAUAUGGCUACGUCAGUGCCCAGCGAGCGGCUUUUUUCCAAGGCUGGCUCCACAGUGAACCAACUACGCAAUCGUUUAUCAGCCAAGUUUUUGGACAAACUUGUUUUUUUAAAUAGUGUGUCAGAUGAGGAGUGGUUCCUGUAG